GAAUCGGAACAACAGAAACCCUAAUGUGCGAAUCGAUUUUUUCCCAUUUUUAGAUUUCAAAAGUAAAGGUCUUCUUCUUCUAUUUUUUUUCCUUGCCCCAUCCCUCACUCUCCUUGAAAAAAUCCAUUUUCUGUAACUUUCAAGAAAUAAUAAUAAUUUUGGUUAAGCAAUGGCAGAUGAGAUGGGAAUGACCAACGGUGUCGAAGAGAAUCAGGUGGCUGUAGAUAAUUUCUACGAUCUUGAUCAAGGCGAAAGGGAGACAGAGCUUAAGCAAAAGAUUGCGUCUUUGGAGACCGAGAAGAAGUCACUAGCCGAUGAAAACGAAGAAAUCAAAUGUCAGGUCGAAAAACUGAGGGCCAAGUUUGAAUCGAUGAAAUCAGAGGAGUCAAGUCUGAAGCUGAGGGUUGCGGAGUUGGAGAGGGAAGUUGAGCAAUCGGAGGAGACCCAGAGAGCGCUUGAAUCAAUAGCGGGGAGAGCUGCAGAGCUGGAAACAAAUGUUUCUAGGCUUCAACAUGACUUGAUUUCGGCGAUGAGUGAAGGAGAUGAGGCGAAUAAGGAGGUUGCUGAGUUGAAGAGGGAGGUGAGUGAGAAGGAAGUGAAAAUUGAAGAGGUGAAGAAGGAGAAAUCGGAGGCGGAGAAGAAAGUGAGGGAACUGGAGAGAAAAAUUGGUGUUUUGGAGGUCAAGGAGAUUGAGGAGAAGAGUAAGAAAGUGAGGCUUGAGGAGGAUAUGAGAGAAAAAGUGACUGAGAAAGAUAAAGAGAUUAUUGACUGUAAAAAGAGAAUUAAGGAGUUGGAGAGUCUAGUGGUGGAGAAGGAGAGGUUGGAGAAGAAGUUGAGGGAGUCGGAAGAGAAGGUAAAGGAAAUGGAAGGGAAGAUGGUGGGGUUACAAAAGGAGGCCAAAGAGGCGGAAAAAGUGAUUGGUGGAUUGAAGGAGAGGGCUAGGGAGGUUAUUAAUGGGAUCGAGAUUGAUAGUAGGGAGAAGGGGUUUAAGGUGCAGUCACCCGUGGUGGCCAUAGGGUCAGUGGGUGCUGUUGCUGUUGCAGCUGCUGUGGUUUAUGUUUGCUAUUGGAGGCGGCGGUGAUUCGGAGGUUAGGGUCGUUGAUCACCAAAAGAAAUGUUUCAGUUUUGUUGGAUGGAUAUCUUUUUGCUUGGCUUUGUUUUUUUAGCCUUAUCAUGGAUUUUGAUUAUAUUAAUAUCUGGCAUGUUUUGAAGUUCAAA